AUGAAUGUAACUGAUACCAGUACUAAUAAUAGUUUAUCAUCGUCAAGCCAUGAGAAUCCGAUCCUUACAAAUUUAUUUGGAUAUCUGUCAACAAUAUUGCUCUCUGUUCAAUUACUACCUCAAGUCUAUAAAAACUGGAAAGACAAAAGCACAAAAGGGCUUUCAGCAACAAUGUUACUGAUAUUUGCAACCUCAUCAGCUAUAUUUGGGAUUUACACUAUCGGAGUUUCUCUUCCAAUCCCAAUAAUACUACAAGCUCAAUUGUUUGGUUUACUAAGUUUGGUGUGCCACGUGCAAUGUCUUUAUUAUAAUAGUAAUAAAUAUCAAAAAGAAGAUAAAGAAGAAAAAAUAGUUGGAAGAGAUAAAGUAGAAAAUAACGAUCACUUUUCGCAGAAUGAGACUUUGACAGUAACUACACCAAUAUCGGAUAAUGAAAGGAAGCUAAAACUACGUAACCAUCAGAUUAAAUGCCUUAGUAUAUUUUCCUUUUGGGUAAUAUUCUUCGCAGCAGCUCAAACGGGUGGUGCAUUAUGGAUAAAGAAAACACAUGAAAGAAAUAUUAAAUGGCCUGAAAAUACUUUCGCGACUAUUUCAUUGGUGAUCAACUUUAUCAGUUUUUUACCACAAUAUUAUGAAAUAUUUCGUGACAAAAUAGUUCGUGGUAUUUCUUUUGUUUUCACUAGUUUGUCUAUGAUAGGUUGCAUAUUCGCAAUACUCAGUUUAGUAUUUGCACCGCCACCAUUCAACAUUCUCGCGACAGUGGCCUACGCUUAUAUCUUCGUUACAAUAGCAGCCGAUGAAGUUAAAUCAACCGCAACACCACCAGCAAAAUCAGCUGCUAAUAGUAAAACAGGUGCUACAACCAAAAAAGUACUUGACUACCUGGCAGACUAG